GAUAGAGGUGGAUUUGGGCAAAGCACUGUCUGAAGCGCUUCAACGACAGUUUUGUGGACAGAUGAGAUGUCUCUUCUCACAGGUUUGUCUGACAUACCUCAGUCUAACUCUAAUUGGAUGAUCCUUUGCAAACUUUUCUUUGCAAGAGUGUGUAUAUUUGUAAACCGUAAUACAAACGGUUAGAGACUAAAAAUGAAUGAAGAAAAAAGUAAUGGAGAGUUUCAGCCUUUACUUAAGGACUUAAAAGAAACACAGGGAACAUUUAGGUUUCCUAACAAAUCACUGCUACUGGCUGUAUGUGCAGCUUGCAUUGGAGGGUCUUUUCAGUGUGGCUAUAAUACUUCAAUCAUCAAUGCCCCCACGAAGUCUGUGCAGAAUUUCAUCAACCAAACCUGGCUGGAACGUUAUGACAGUCAGAUCUCAGAGCAAGCCCUCACUCUGCUCUGGUCCACCAUCGUGUCCAUUUUCACUUUAGGAGGAUUUGCUGGAGCAUCUAUUGGUGGAGCACUAGCCAUUAGAUUUGGGAGAAAAGGGACACUGCUUUUCAACAACCUGUUUGCCCUGCUGGCGGCUCUGUUCAUGGGCCUGAGCUUCCCCACUGGAGCGUUUGAACUCCUCAUCGUUGGACGAUUCCUCACAGGGCUUAAUGCAGGUGUUGGCAUAUCCACUCAGCCUCUCUACCUGGGGGAAAUAGCCCCUAGGGCACUCCGGGGUGCCAUGGCGAUGGGGACCUCCAUAUUCAUCACUGGGGGGAUUCUUACUGGACAGGUGAUUGGUCUAAAAGAACUGCUGGGUAAAGAGGAGUACUGGCCCAUCCUGCUGUCCACCACGUGUAUCCCAGCAUUCCUGCAGCUCCUCAUUCUGCCCUGGUUCCCAGAGAGCCCUCGUUACCUGCUCAUCGACAAAGGAGAUGACCAAGGGUGUAAAAAUGCGCUGAAACGACUGCACGGCACUGAUAACUUUGACAGCGAGCUGGAGGACAUGGAGAGGGAGAGGGUCAGCGCAGGGGGGGUCAAAGCCAGGAAGCCCUGGGAGCUGUUCUCAGACCGCAGCCUCCGGUGGCAGCUCCUCUCCAUCAUCAUCAUCAACUGUGCUCAGCAGCUCAACGGCAUCAACGCUAUUUAUUUCUAUGCAGAUUAUGUGUUUAGGCAGGCUGGUAUUUCAGAGGAUAAGAUACCGUAUGCCGCUGUGGGGACAGGUGCCUGUGAGUGCAUCACUGCCCUAACCUGUGGCCUGCUUAUUGAAUGCUUGGGAAGGAAAGUGCUCAUCAUUGGAGGGUACACCCUCAUGUCUAUCUGGUGCAUUCUGUUCACUCUGACCCUCACCUUCCAUGAUGCCAGUCCAUGGGUUCCUUAUCUCAGCAUGGCGUGUGUCUUUGCUUUCAUCCUGAGCUUUGGCUUAGGGCCAGGCGGCGUGACAAAUAUCUUGUCCACUGAGUUGUUCACUCAGACUACACGCCCUGCUGCCUACAUGAUUGGAGGAUCUGUGAACUGGCUCAGUUUCUUCCUCAUAGGAAUGGUUUUCCCGUUCAUUGUGACUGGGCUGCAGCAGUACUGUUUCCUGGUGUUCCUGGUUGUUUGUUGUUUGGUGGCGAUAUACAUUUUCCUGGUGGUGCCCGAGACCAAGAACAAAACGUUCUUGGAGAUCCAUAAUGAGUUCCAGUCCAAGAAGCCUGUCAAAGCAGACAGUACUGAUGGAAAGACAACACUGCUGUCGACUCCACUGUGAAAUUCACCCUCUGUUCAUCAUUCCACAUCUUCCAGUGCCGUGCAUGUCAUUACACAAUGUAUUAGAAUGCUGAAAUAACAGAAUUUAAACCUGCCUAUCCACUAGAAAUAUGUAUUUUGGGAACAUUACUCACUAAGCUUAGGACUUUGCACACACACAAAACACACACACGCAUGCUAUGAUGUUAUUAGCAAAGAACAAGUGAGUUUUGAGGGGUUGAAAUGUGUUCACUACAACAAGACCUUCUAGAAUACAGGUGAAACCAUUGAUUAUAUUUUAAAUUAAGUAUUGUAAAAUUACUUUUUUGAAAAAUACACAUUUGGUAAACAUUUUAAUU